GCACAUUCGUUCGAGAAACGUUAAAAGAUGACGACGCAAUAUCGGGCGACAUUAAUUGGCCUUUGUUUGGCGGUGUCGUUGUCGAUGUUAAUUGGUGUCGCCUCCGCUGGCAAUAUUCUGGCCGUGUUCCCGCACUUUGGAUUCAGUCACUUUAAGGUGGUGCAGCCAUUACUUAGUGAAUUGGCGCAACGUGGUCACCACGUCACCGUGAUUUCCUAUGUGAGGAAUCCGCUUGCCGCGCACUUGGGAAACUAUGAGGAACUCUUGACCGCCGAUGCAGCCGAAGAUCAGACGAGCAGCACCAUCAAUAUAGUGCCACUGUCGGAGCACACGCCGACAAGAUCUUUGAUUGCCCUUCUCCAGGAAUACCACGAUCUGUUCAGCGAGGGACAAAAAACGUGUGGAACUCUAUACGCCAGUGGACAUGUGCAGACUGUACUUAAGCGACACCAGGAGAAGCCCUACGAUCUCCUGCUGACCGAAUACUUUAGCACUGACUGUCAGCUGGCCAUUGCCAAGCUGCUGCACCUGCCCAUCAUAGGCGUGAGCACCUGUGCCUUGAUGCCCUACUUCUAUGAUCGCAUCGAUCUGCCCGAUACGCCCGCCUAUAUCCAGUCGGAGUUUGUGGGAUUUGCCCAACCCUUGAACUGGAGUGACCGUCUCCUGAAUUUUGUGCAGGCCAAGCUCUUGAAGUUCUUGUACAAGGUACAUUCAAAUCGUGCGGAUAAAGCACUGAUUAAGCAUCACCUGGGCAUCGAUAUCGAUGUGGAUGAAGUGGCACGUAGACAAACCGCCUUCAUACUGGGCAACCAGCAUUAUUCCCACCUGGGCAGUCGACCAGUCACUCCACAAUUCCUCGAGGUGGGCGGCAUGCACAUCACCAGCGAUGCCAAGAAGCAGCUGCCUCCGAAAAUUGUCGAGUUUCUGCAGCAAUCCAAGCAGGGCGUCAUCUUCAUCAGCUGGGGUUCCAUGGUGCGUGCCUCCAGCAUGGAUGAGGACAAGAUGCAGGCCAUGGUAAAGGUGCUACAAAAGCAGCCAUUGAAUGUCAUUUGGAAAUGGGAAUCCGAUGAAGUUCCUCAUGUGGAUGCCAGCAAAUUUCUAUUCGUCAAAUGGGCACCACAGCUGGCAUUGCUCUGUCAACCUCAGGUCAAGCUGUUCUGGGCACAUGCUGGAUUACUGGGACUCACCGAGGCGUUGCACUGUGGCAAACCUCUGCUGAUGACACCUCUUUAUGGUGAUCAGUUUCUGAACUCACUUGCGGCUCAAGAUCGUGGUAUUGGCUUGCUGCUGGAAUAUGAGCAGAUUAACGUGGAAACAGUGCGAGAAAAGCUCCAGCAGCUCAGCGAUCCCAGUUAUGCUGAACGCGCUUCAAAGAUAUCGCAGAUUUUUAAUCAACGCGAGCGUUCGCCUUUGGAGACAGCCAUUUGGAGUGUGGAGCAUGUGAUGCAACAUGGACUCUUUGCUGCCGAGCUGUUGCAAUCGCCGGGCAUAGAACUGAACUGGUUUAUUUACCAUUCACUGGACACUUUGGUUUUGUUGCUGGCUUUGCUGCUGUUGCUCAUUGUGAGCUGGCGGGCUCUGUUCCAAUCUCAGGGAAAAUCACAGCAGCAAUCACAGCCACGCAAGCGCAAGCCACGCAAAUCUUAGAUAUAUUACAAUGUAUUUAGAUAUAUAUUUUUACAUAUGUUACAAUAUAUUACAAUAUAUUCAAUCUUCACUUUCGUCCCA